AUGAAAAGAUUGGAUGUUGGAUAUGUACGUCAAGAUGUAUGCCGGAAAGAAAUGGAAAAACAAUGGAACGAAAUUAACGUAAAUUUACAUAAUUAUUCCAUAAUUUUUUAUACUAUUAUAUUAUCGCGAGAAGAAUUUCAUGGAGAUAUUACAAAUCCCGAGUAA